AUGGAGGGUUAUGAUGUACCUUGCCAAAAUGUAACUGUGUAUGCAAGUGAUGAAAAUUCAAACAAAUUGGUGAAGACCGUGCUGCUUAGCCUUAUAGACCUUGCUGUAGUGCUCGGUAACAGCCUGGUGAUAACCGCCGUAUUUACAACCCGGAAACUGAGGACGGUAACGAAUAUUUUCAUUGUGUCGCUAGCGUGUGCGGACUUAUUACUCGGGUUUGCGGUGUUGCCGUUCUCAAUCUCGGUGGAAGUGGACGAGUGGUUGUGGGGCCAGGUUUGGUGCAGCAUGUGGCUGGCCAUCGAUGUCUGGCUUUGCACUGCCUCCAUCCUCAGCCUCUGUGCAAUAAGCUUUGACCGCUUUAUCGCCGUGACCCAUCCAAUCAGGUACCCGACAAUUAUGUCGCCGUCUCGUGGUAGAUGGCUUGUCGCAUCUGUUUGGAUUUUAUCAUUCAUGAUAUGCUUGCCGCCUCUGCUCGGUUGGAAUGAAAGCACACUUAACGAACCUUCGUCGUCCAUUCUCACUGAGUUGAAUAAAAAAGUCACUUGUGAACUAACUGCAACUACUGGAUACAGAAUUUACGCCGCACUUGGCUCGUUCUUCAUCCCUAUGCUUGUCCUGGUAUUUUUCUACUUUAGAAUAUAUCUAACGGCCGUAAGAACUGCAGCUUCAAUUCGCAAAGGCGUGCUGACGACAAAGAUUAGCAAUGAUAUUUCACAGCCGAAUGGAUACGGAGAAGAUGAAAUUCAUCUACGGGUUCAUCGUGGGGGCAGCACCUCAUCCUCACGUAAAUCAGCGAAACAUUGUGACUUAGGAGCUAGCUGCAGGACAAUUAAUAGCGAUGCAACGGCGCGAUCUCCAAGAUAUGUCGCUCAUCGAACUGACAUCGAGUCAAGUGAACGAUCAGAUUUUAAUUGUAACAAAGAUGACAAUUUAGUGGAAACAAAUUGGGAAAAUGAGACGAGAUUAAAUGGCGUUUCCCGCAUAAAUACUGUUUUCUUGACAGUUGCGAGACAAAUUUGCAAAUCGAAGAGAAAGCCAGGCAAAUUGACAAGUGAUCGUACCCAACAGGAACUGUUAAACAAACACAACGACAAUGGACUCCCAGCUGUGAGCGGACUUACACCAAAUAAUUUUCCUCCAGCGUCGAAAUCGUCCUCGCCAAAAUCUCCUAGACGUAAACUGUUAAUUAGAGAAACAAAAGCUAUUUCGGUGAAAUGCCAUGCAAGGAAGUUUAAACGAGAGGCAAAAGCUGCAAAGACAUUAGCAAUAAUUGUAGGAGCUUUCAUAAUCUGCUGGUGUCCUUUUUUUACAAUAUACCUCAUGGGAGCGUUUUGUCACGAAUGCGUAAGUGAAAUGGUUUUUGCCGUAUUCUUCUGGCUCGGAUAUUGUAAUUCGGCUUUAAACCCGUGUAUUUAUGCGCUCUUCGCCAGGGAUUUCCGUUGUGCAUUCAAACGGUUACUUCUUUGUCGCCGACGAAAGGGAUUUACGCGUGCAGCAAGGGCAGACUUUAUUAUCGGUAUUACGAGCAAUCGAUAUGGUGGCCCACAUCAUGAAAAGGACAGCGGCGAGUUAGCAUAUUAA